AUGGAGCUGGUGCACAAGCAGGUGUUCACGGCGCUGGCCGUAUGCACGUGCCUCUUCGUGGUGGCUUCAAACUUCCUCUACCUGCUGUUGCUCGCCGAGUACAGGCACCUGCGAGCACACACCAACGCCUUCAUGCUCCACCUGGCCGCGUGCGACCUGGCCCUCGGUCUGGUGGGGCUCAUCGGCCUGCCGCUGGCCUCCGCGCACCAAGCCGGGCUGCUGGGGGACGAGGCGUGCCGUGCGGCGACCUUUGUCCUCGUGCAGCUGCAGGUGAUGGCCGUGCACUCCAUCACCUGGCUGAGCAUCGGCCGCUUUCUCGAGAUCCGCCUCUCCCUCACGCACACGCAGGUGCUGACGCCGGCGCGCUCGGGCUUGGCGCUGGCCGCCGUGUGGACGUACGCGGCACUCAUCGCGGGCCUUCCCUUCGCGGGACUCGGCCGCUACGGCUACAACGCCAACGCGGGGAUGUGCACCCCGCUCUUCGAGGACGGUGGUGCAAGAGCGAGCGACUCGCCGUAUUCGGGAGUGCGACGGUCAAACGGCGAAGGUGGUGGUCUCCCGUUUGUGCGGCAGGAGGGCUCCGGCGCGUACUGCUCGCUGGCACUGGGGGGCGGGGUGGCGGCCCCCAUCGCGGUGCUGUGCGGCAUGUAUGCGUACGUGGUGCACGCGGCGUGCAAGCAGGCCAAGCGCGGCACCUUCGUGUGCGACGAGGAGAACUGCCGCUACGUGCCGGCCAACCGCUACCUCAAGUGCACCGUCAUGCUCAUCACCGCCGUGGCCACGCUGCUGACCUGCUGGCUGCCCCAUAUGACCAUCAGCUUCUACAUUUCCUUCACGGGCAAACCCGCUCCCUGGACGGCUCAAGCCAUCGCCUCCUGGAUGCUCAGCCUGCCCUCCGCCCUCAACCCCUGGGCCAACUCCCUCUCACAGAGAAAAUUUCGCAAGGCGAUGACACAGCGCUGGAAGCGAUGGCCGUGCUGUGCACGGGACUCGAGCGGCGAGCGGGCGGAGCGGGACAAAGGAGGACACGGCGAGCCGAGCCCCCAGCCAUCCGCGGGGCAGCACUCUCUACCCACCACGGUGGAGUGA